AUAAACUUUCUAACUUAUCUUUACUACACAUUCCGCGCGCCUUAGUAUAGAAUUCUCACACCUGUAAUAUAUAAUAUACAUAGAACAAAUUAACAAUUAUGUUAUUAUAAAGGCGUCUACUGAUGAAGUCAGUUAGUUGCAAAAUGAAUCAAAUGUCCAGAGAAGAAAUUGAUAUCAGGCGACUUUUAACAAGAUGUGAAUUCAUGGCAAAAGAUGAUCCUCAUAAGGAUUGGAAGCUUGAAAAGUACAUCCUUGCUUUGGAUGAUAUGAUCAAACAAUUACAAACAUUACCACGUAAACCAUCUAAGGAUACCAUGAUGGGUUACAUUAAACGAAUAGAUUUCCUGAAGGGAUUAGUAAAUACAACUAAACUUACAAGUCCAGUAGAUAGAGUUGCAGCUGUACAAAUGUUACCAAAAAGUUCUACAACGUUUAAUGAUUCAAUAGGUCCAAAUAUAACAACCCAGAUACAUCAAAAAACUUCAGCAAAAUAUAAUAGAGAAUUGCGUGCUGAAUUAUUCCAUAGUGAUAAAGAAGAUGGUAUAAGACAAAGAUUAACUAGUACAAACAUGCAUGAUGAUGAUUUAGGUGCAAUUUUAAAAUAUAAUAGAAAUAUUCAAGAAAAAAUUGCUGAGAAUAUGCUUUCCAUGACUAGUAGCAUAAAAGAACAUGCUUUAGCAGCAAAUGCCAUUAUAAAAAAAGAUAUUGGUUUACUUGAAAAAUCUGAUAAAUUAACUGAUGUUAAUACAAGUAAAUUAAAAACAGAAUCACUAAAACUGCAAGAACAAACACAAUCAUAUUGGCGGUGCUGGAUGUGGGUGAUGAUCGCAUUUGUUUUAGUUGUAUUUUUCAAUAUGGUAUUAUUUAUAAAAGUUGCAAAGAAAAGUAUUUAAAUUUGUAAAUACAUUUAUAUAUAUAUCCACAACUGACUUGGGUACAUAAGAAUGAGGCUAUGUACAAAUGUGAAUAUCUUCAAUUCAAAUAAAAUCAUUAAUAUUGUUAUUCUUAUCAUAAGCAUAUCUGUAUAUAUUUUUCAUGAUGAAUUUUCAUCUAUGUGUAUAUGUGUUGACUACACUUAGUCAUCAAUAUGGUAAAUGAGAAUAAAAAUAUAAAAUUUUUAAUUUCCUCUA